GUUCCGAUCUAGGAAGAUGUGUCGGUUAACAAACUAUUGUAUGAAAUUAGAAAGCUUAUCUAUUUACAUUCGUAGAGAAAAUGUUGUGCUGAUGUGAAAUCAUUUGCGAUUUUGUGUAAUCGGUUUACCGGAUUACUUUUCGUUUCGGGCCAUGUGCACAGUGUUCGGGUGAUAAGAGACCGUGCGAUCCCAUCUCCGUAAUCGCCUUACGUUGCCUGGAUCCUGAUAAGUGUACAGUGGUUGACCGCUUUCCAAAAACGUUCCAAGCUUCAGUCAAAAACUGGAAAUGAGUUGAAUGCAUUCGUUGUAAGAAAGCUAUGCCCACAACAACAAUGACGAGGAUUUGUUUACCAGAGAUUUUAAUCAAUUACAAAUAUUUGAUUGUGAAAUGUUGAAGAUGACAUUUGUCAAAACGCUCUGUGCAUAGAACGAUAUUUUGCCGCGUAUUUAAAGACAGCAAAAUGGACAUACAGACAUUUUCGGUCGUCGACUAUGUCGUGUUUGGAUUGACUGUUCUCGUUUCUAUCUCUAUUGGCGUCUACUUUGCAGUGGUCGAGCGGAAGCACCAAACGACGCUCAACUUUUUCCAUGGAGACCGCAAAUUGCGCUACGGACCAGUGGCGCUAUCACUUGUGGUCACGUUCCAGUCUUCCAUCAUGCUACUCGGUUUUCCGGCUGAAGUGUAUCUGUUCGGAUUUAUGAUAGUCCUGUUCUGCGUGGGUCAGUGUGCGGCCAUCUACAUUUCCACGUGUAUUAUCGUGCCGCUCAUGUAUCCGCUAAAGAUCACCAGUGUCUACCACUACCUGCAGCUUCGCUAUAAGAACAGCAGUGUCCGCAUCCUCAGUGUCACCAUCGGCAUCCUCUCCCAAGCCAUAUACAUGGGCAGCGUGCUGUUCGGACCCGCCAUCGCGCUACAGUCCGUCACUGAUACCCCGGUCUGGGCAUCCAUAUUGUGCAUCGCCGUCGCCGCCGUCGUCUAUACGUCCAUUGGCGGAAUUCUCGCCGUUGUGUGGACUGAUGUGCUUCAGUGUGUGAUCAUUAAUAUCGGAAUAAUUGCAAUGCUUGUGAAAGGAACUAUUGAUGCUGGUGGUGUCUCCAAUGUUAUCAAACACAAUUUAGACAGUCAGCGAUUGGACAUAUUUAAAUUCAACCCUGACCCAACAAUACGUCACACAUUUUGGACCCUUAUUAUUGGCUCUUUUGUAGGGUCAUUCUCACUGACGUUAAGCCAAUCAACCAUUCAGAGAUUCAACUCCACUCCUAAUAUUAAAGACGCCAUGAAAGUAUUAUACAUCGCCGGUCCGGUAUUUAUAGUCAUGCAGACAAUGUCGAUGGCCGUAGGUCUAGUUUGCUUUGCAUAUUACAGCAAAAUCGGAUGUGACCCUUUAAAAAGUGGACACAUAAAGAAUCCCAACCAGAUCGUCCCAUUUAUGAUUGUAGACAUUUUUAGUAAGUAUCCUGGUCUCUCAGGACUGUUCAUCUCCGCCCUGUUCAGUGCUUCCCUCAGCACGCUUUCGUCGCUGCUUUCGGGCCUGUCCGCAAUUACUGUGGAGGAUCUGGUACGGCCUUACGUCCGGCUGUCAGACACGGCGCUGACCCGCGUCGCCAAGAUUGCUGUGGUGGGAUAUGGCGGUCUCGGUAUCAGUGUAGCCUUCAUCAUCAGCCAGCUCGAGGGGUCGCUCACGCAGAUAUUGUUUGGCAUCAUGGGCGCGGCGACUGGCCCUAUCGUCGGUAUUUUCUUCCUGUCCAUGUUUUACAGCAGGGCGACGGACAAAGGUGCUAUAGCAGGCGGAAUAGUCGGUCUAGUAUUGUCGUUUUGGAUUUGUAUCGGCGCCACUGUAAGUCGGUCCUUGCCAAAACCGGUGCCGCUACCGCUACCUCCAACGAACAUGUGUUUUGUUGAUCUCGAUACGGAAACUACUCUAGGCUUAGCAAAUGUUACAAACUCAACCUCAAUUUACACAGACAUUUCGACAUUAAUAACAACAUUCAACAUACUGAAUGUAACCGAUGCCGAUGUACAAACUUCAAUUACAAGUUUAAACGCGGUGGAUGGAAUAGACAAAAUAUAUAUGGUAUCGUACGCUCUAAUCGCGACCAUCGGGACACUGGUGACGGUCGUGGUGGGGCUGUUAGUCAGUCUGGUCACGUACAAUGAGGAGAGGGACAAGGCGGACCCCCGCUACAUCAUUUCAGUGUAUGAGCAAAUGUGCUGCUGCUUACAGCGGGCACGGGGACCACAGAGGACGGCGCCAGGUGUGGACUUCAAAAGUGCUGGCGAGGAAAUUGACUGUAGCAAGACAUUGCUUGAAGGCAAACAGUGCAAUGAUAAACAAGGAGUGUAAAGGACAUCGUUGGAGACGGAACAGAGUAUCGAUACACAAUAUUAAAGCAGCACUCUCACAGAUUGACCGUUUUGACAAACUUGUCUUGGAGCAUUUUUUACCUUAAUGUCUCGAAAGUCGAAACCCACGAUAUAAGACUGCUGACAAAAUUUCGCAGUUCGCAGUUUUUCAUAGUUACGUUCGAAAAUUGAUGUUUAUGGCUAAAGGCGUUACUCUUUACGCAUAAAGGAAAAUGAGUUUUUUGAAAGUUUUCAAAACAAUUGAGUUAUGUUCUACUGUGCUUUAUCUUAUAUGACGUUAAUGAAGGCAUUGAUGCCAAAAGCAGGUGAUUCUGAGCCAAAAAAAUAAAAUUAGUAAAACUACCAAUCAGUGAGAGUGCAGCUUUCCAAAAAAAAGAGCUUUUAUUGGGAAUCGUUUAGACAUUUUAGAUUCCGAUUUGCGAGUAAAUUGUAUAAAAAAACACUAUUUAUUUUAUAAUCAACCGACGCCAAAUCGUGCUAGCUAACGAUCUAGAACUGUGAAUGUCCCUUUAAAGACAAGAAAGCACACUUCCAACGUGUAUUGAAAUUAUUUCUAUGUGCUUUUCUCGUACAGUUGUAUCUAUUUCUUAAGAAGUCAUUGUAUAAGAUACAAGCUACUAACUCCUAGGCAUUAUGUUAUGGGUUGUUCUUUUAAAAUUGAAUGGAUUUGGUUGAUCGAGUAGGCUUCCGUUAUUUGUGGUAAAGCGCUGGGCGUUCUUAUAUCUAAAAUUCUCAGUUUAAUAGUAUUAUGCUCAUAUUGUCUGGAAACGUUUGGUGUAGGUAAGCAAGUAAUACUGACAAUUUAGCUUAGUUUGGUCGGUCGUUGACCUUUUUUCUAUAAUUUGAAACCCAAGUUGUAUUUUAUGAGCUGUUAAGAGUUAAUAGUUUAUGUUUCUAAGCAUGUUUUCGAACUGGCAGUUGCACAAACUAGGGAGACAAGCCAGAAAAAUCCAAUAUUAUCUUCCCACAUAAAAUACAAACUUUUGAAUAAGAACCAAGCAAUACGUUGAAUUGCAAUUAACAUGUGUUAUUGUUCAAACACGGAGCAGUACUGACAGUUUUCGAAGUAAGUUUUUGCUAUAAGUUUCUGUUUUUACUCUGUUUUGAUAGCAAAAUGUAAAUUAAUUAUAUUUACGUAUUACAUAUGAAACUCCCUUCCAAGUAUGCCUUGGACGUCUUCUUAUUGUAUAAGUAUUGUUCCUGUUAUCAAAUUGUGGAACGCGAGAAUCUUGAAAAAUGACUCAGCUAAACUUAAAAUUCCUCAGAAAUCUUAUCUUAAUCUCUAGCGGAUUCCAAAAUCGUCCAAAUUUUAUUUUUUAAUAUCAAUAUCGGAGAAAAGUAUUGACAUACGCUCAAAAUGCACCAUUUCGGACUUGAAUUGUUAAAAAUAUUCCCAAGCCAACAUCUGAAACCAUAUAAAUUUUGGUUCUGAGGGCGCAUGUCAAAAGGUUGCGUCCCUAUGGUACUCCCCCUCUAACGACAAUUCCUGGACCCGCCGCUGUUAAUAGUGUUUUCAUGAACAUCGAAGUUUCAACUACUUUUCCACAGCUAGAUUUCUAAAUAGUGUGAAUAUUAAAUAUAUACAUGUGUGUGUGUGUGUGGGUGCGCGCGUGCGCGUGCCCGUGCGUGUGUGUGUGUGAAAAAUGUUCUGUACAAAUAAAAACAUGUAUCACUUUGA